UGCAUGGUAACCCCUCAUGUGCCGCCAGUUGCACAGCCAUGUUAUACAGUACAAAAUGUGGUUUAGGACUCAAAAAGAUGGGUAGAAAAGAUGCCUCUGCUGCAAGAAGCCCUGUUGAGCAAUACCGGAAACAAAUAGGAAAACAAGAUUAUAAGAAAACCAAACCAAUGUUACGAGCAACAAGAUUAAAAGCAGAGGCCAAGAAAACCGCAGUGGGCAUAAAGGAAGUUGCCCUUGUCCUUGUAGCUAUACUGGUAUUUCUGUUGGCUUUCUACGCUUUCUUUUAUCUUAACCUUUCCAAUGAAGUUGACCUUGAUCUGGAUCCAGAUGAAAACUAGCAGAUGCAGUGUUCUCUUUGGGAAAAAGCAUCUACCUUGAACAAUACUACACGGAACCACACAGUGCGACAACAUAGCUGUAGGAAAUGGUAUGGCUUACUACACAAUGAUACUUUGCAAUAUCUCAGCCUCUCUGGUGUUCUGAAUCUGCAAAAUAGGGAAAAAAACUGGUGAAACAAAGCUUUUUUGGUUAUCAGGAAGCACAGAAGCCCUACAGUAUGAUUACUGAAUGGUAUACUUGAAUAAAGUGACCAAUUCAUAUUAUUUACUUUUUCUGAAUGAAAACUUUCAUGUCAAAAAACAGUUUUUUGUGUUAUAAUUACUGGUAUCUAAAAGGGUAGAUGCUGACCUCUGAAGAGUCAUGUACCCAUUCCAUGAAUCUGAAUUUCCCAAUAAUUGAACUAGAUUUUUAUUACAUCUAAAAGAAAACACAAAUCCCAAAUAAAACAUGUUUCAUUGAUUUAUACUGAGAACACAUCUUCAAUUUCUCAUUCUCUCUCUCUCUCCCCAGCUCUUUCUGUCAUACACUCAGAAAAGUCAUAGGUCAAAGUCUUUUCAGGAGCGAUCUCUCAUUUCCUGUAUGGGCCUAUUUUAUGUCAUCCUAGAUUCUGUAUACUCGCAUAUCUACAAUAAUCUUUUUCAUCCUUUUGCCAACUGUUCAGUGCACAUGUGCUCUGUAAGAAAAGGACACCUGGAUGACAGAAGCUUGAACAGUCACAUAUGCCUCUGAAACAGAGUUCCUUGCCUCCUGUGCUGUCUAAGCUGGUGUAAAUAGAAAGUUCAGACAAUGUUGAUUUUAAUUAGUGUAUUGCUCUAUUAUUAAAAUAAAGUAGAAAUUAUAUUUUAAUUAUAUUAUUCUGCCUCCUGCAAUAUCAGCCUGCCCUCCUUCUUAAGAGGAUGUGGUAAAAAUUGUUUUCCAGUUAUACAAUCAUUUUCAUCGAACCAGUGCAAAGAGUGGUAUCUGCUAACAAAGGUUUUCUUGCAUUCUUGCAAAGUACUAUUCUGAAUGUGUAGCAUAGAGUUUAUUUCUGAUCACUCUACUAAACAAAUGCAAACAACUUGAAAAAGGAGGUAGAUCAAAGCACCUGUAGAGAGGUCUGUUCAAUUUAGGUUUUAUACUGUCCUGUUUGGUUUGUGGUGUAUCUUUGUUUACAGGUCCUGUGAUGCGAAAGGCCGUCAUAUCUGUGUUCUUGAAAAAUAUGGUCAGCAUUUCACUUGUUCUGAUUUUUAUUUUCUUUAAAUCAGUGCACAGAAAGAAAAAAAACCCACCCCUACUACCUUCAGUGGUGUAGGUCAAGGAAAUGUGGUAGAUUUUCUUUUAGAGGGGUUAAAGAAAUCCUGAAUCUAUCAUCAAAUUAGCCCUGUUUUAUCUUAUAUAAGAGUCUUGAGCUAAAAAUUAAACGUAUUUCCCAGUAAGAUGUUUACUGACCCAUUUAGGAAGUGCUCAAGGUAGUUAGACUAAUAUUGUCAUUUUAGAGACAAAAGGAAGCAAAAUAAUUAAAAUUAAUAUUCUAGCAUAUAACAAUAUAUUAAUAAUUCCAUUAUCACUAGUUAAAGCCCAGUUUAGGAACUUAAAUCAAUAUGACUUAUUUUAAGCCAUAUCUGUGCCAAGAUACAUUGAUUGGGUAAGGACAGACUUUUUAUCAGUUAUGUUCCACAUACUGAGUUGUGUAAUGCCAGACAGCCCAUCUAAAAAUGUAGAAUAUAACAGCAUCUCCAAUACAUGUAUGGAAACAAAAUAGCAUACAUGUACCAUAUUUUCUUACAUACAACAUAUAUCUUUUUCCAAAAACCCAGCUGCUGGAAAUUGGAGUAUGGUUACUCUGUAUGUGAGAAAUAUGGUAAGAGUGGUUUUUGCUUCUUACCAGUAAAAAGUGAUAAUAAUAUCUGCCCACAAUCCACAGGGAGCAAAACAGUGAAUAAGCUUGGCUCCCUAUUUGUCACAACUCAGUUACUUACUACAAGUUAAGAUUUUUUUUCUUCAUUUGCCUUUCAAAAACAAGGUGUUUAUCUUAUUCUGGGGUGCAUAGGGUGCAUUGUAUGUGAGAAAAUAUAGCAUUUUUCAUUCCGUAAUUAUGACCAAUUGCAGUCAGAAAAUCCUGCGACUCAUAUAGUCACAUUAUGUAGAGUCCAGUAAUACUUACAUACAUUGCCAAAUAUAUUGCAACACACUACAUUUUUGGCGACAUGCUUUUUAUGAUAUGUGGCAUUUCUUUCAGUGUCAGGAAAGGCAUAUCACAAGCUGGCCUUUGGAGUGUGACAUGCCUGUCACUUCAUCAAGUGCCAUGCCAGAUGUCACACAGAACUGUUGUCCUCUCUUCUGUUUUGCGUGAGCAACAUCCACUUUCUACAAAAACCUAUGUAUUCUAUAGGGAUUCUUUAGUUAAUAGCUGCACUGCGCUUUGUGUUACAUGCACUGUAAGUGUACAGUAUUAUCAUUCCAUUCAUAAAUGUUCCCUUGUAUAUUGUGUUCUGAAACAGUAAACUUUUAAGUAGGAUAUUUCUAACAUAAAGAGUAACUUGAAAUUAUUAGAACUUUCCCUGUAUUAUGAGAGUUACUAGUGAAAUUAAACUAUAUAUAUCAACAAUUUCACUAGUGAAAUCAACUCAUUGGUUUAUGGAGCGGAAGUCCACAAUGCUCUCAAGGUCUGCUGUUUGUAUUUGAGUCUUUUAGGUGAAAGAAAUAACUAAGUCACAUGUAACCAGAGAGUCCCCUAUUGCUAGAAUACCUGCAGAGGUCCAAACCAAUGUACAUGGAGAUGCAAAGAAAAUAUCACAGCAAAUACAGUGUGAAAAAUAAGUCAUGCUGUUAGUACACUCAUUAAAGACAGGAGAAUGCUAAUUUUGUAACAAGUAUGUAGAGCUAAAAGCUCCUACCUUCAGUCAAACCAGACACUUGUUUUUUGACUACAUAAGCACAAAUGUAUUGAAUAGGACCUGAUUCUGGUGUUGCUUCUCUUAUGCUGGCUCCAUUGAUUUCAGUACAAUGACACCUGAUUUGUAUUAAUGGGAGGUCAAAAUCUGACCUGUGGUUAUCUCAGCCAAUAUGCUUUCUGGAGCAUUUACAGCAUCCACUUCUGAUACCUUUAAAUGGAGAUCAUUUUCAGUACCUUAGGUGAAUAUACUUUUUUUCUUUAAUUAUAGGUAUAUGCAUAUCUGAGAUCAGGAUCAAUCUCAGCUUUUUAAGCCAUUUGUCUCUGUAACAGUAGCUCAGUGGCUAUUUUAAUGAUCAUAAAAUGAGUAUGUAUGAGUACGUUUUACUAGAAGUUCUUAGGAGCUUUUAUUAGUGGGAUCUACACUGCAGUGGUAGAUACAUUUGGAAGGCUAUACCAUUGGCCCACACAGCAUGGUAUUCACAUUUGAGCUGUGCUACCAAUUAAAGCUCACUAAUGUUUAUGAAAUAUGGAACAGUCCAUGUGAUUCUAGGCACUAAACUUGUAUUAGAAUGAACUUUAGGACUUAUAUAUUGAAAACGUAACAAAAAGAGAUUCAUAUGUCUCCUAGCCAGUCUUAAUAGGGGUCAUUUAUGUUUACAACGAGAAUUUCUCCAUUUUGUUUGUCACGAAAAUCACACUGAUUUGAAUAUAUUCUGAGCAUCAUUUCAUAUGGCUUGUUUUAUGGAAAGGGUGCUGGUCACAUCAUUAACCAAACUCCAUGAGGCAGUGACAUCCCAGAGUAUUCAUCUCCCAACACUGAGCAUGCUUUAUUAUUGGUCCUGCCUUCUCUUUAGGCAGUAAAUAUAUAAACUGCAACUGGGGUUCUAGCUUAAUAGAAGCUACUUGGGAAACUUGCUUGACUGACCAGACCCAUUGUGGAAAAAGUGGCAGAUGGCUCUAGGUUCUCCAUAGCAGUAAGACUAGUGAAGAUUUUUCAUCCCUAGCCAGGAAGAUUUUUCUCUCUAGAGGGAGUAUAAUGCUAACAAUUAUCUUGGUCAAUAAAACUUUGCCAGUACCUUUUUUUUCUAAUAAUAUGAACAGCAGCAGACCAGGGAACAGUUCCAUGAGUAUAACUGAAGUGCAAAACCCCAUUGUGGUUGUUAUGAUGAUAUGAACAGUGAAUAUGAUAGACUUUCCAAAGCAAACAUUUUUAAUAUGUUCAUAGAAGUCCAUGAGUAUAUUUUAUUAGAAUGAGAAGAUAUGCAUUACAUAUUUCUCUAAAGGGCCCCAGAGAUUUAUUUAAAGUUUUGUUGAAGGAUGCUUUAUUUAAAGAUUAUUGAGGCAUCCCAUAUAGACACCCAUGUAAUCUAGUAUAUAUCAUAGCUAUGUCAAUACAUCCCAUCAGUUGCAGCAGCAACAACAUAUUCAUUGGAAUAUUGGAACAUUACAGCUACAUGAGAAUAUAUGAGAUAUUUUGUACUUGCUUGAGUAUUCAGAGUAAUAUUGACCUGACUAGUGAAUGUAGCCACAGACUAGAUUUGAAAAUAAGCAGUAUUUAAACUGUCUUAUUUAAAAUGUGCAGGGCAAAACCCUAUUAAAAGAUCCACAGCCUAUCAGUGAAAUUUAACACCAAGCACAGGGCUCAUUUUAUUUAAGGCUAGCAGAUUAAGAAUCUCCUUUUGCAAAUAAGCAGUGUGCCAGUACUGUGUACUGCUCCAGUGUAGUAGAACUGUGUCUCUUAGACGCAAGUGAACCCUUAAUGGUCAAGGUCAAGUGCACUGAUGCAAGUCCUCAGAAAGAGAAUGUGCUUGAAAUCAAGAUAACCCAAUUUAGAAAGCCAGCAAGCAGAAUAUUGCGGAUUCAGAUGGCAUUUAGAAUUUUACUUAAGCUAGUACAAUUAUUAUGAUGAUUGUGGCCCAGGAAAUAACAAUGUGGCACAUCAGUAAGAUAGCAGAAAUGUACACUGGAACAGCUUUCUAAAGGAUUUUGCCUGUACUUUGAGAAAUGAAUCUGAGAUGAAUAAACUGGCAAAGAUCAUGGGUAUUCUUAUGCUCAUAACAACAUUCAGUGUGUUGACACCCUCAAUAAGGGGGAGAGAGAGAGAAACAACAGACUAGCUCUUUUUUUGCAGUACAAUGUUUUUUCCCUUCAUCCUACUAUAUAGUUUGCUUUAAAUUACUAUGCUAUAUAUGGGGCACACAUUUUCAAGAACACAAAAUGAAUUUUGAUAGUUUGUCAAUGGAUUUAAUUGACAGCAUCCUCUACUCUCUUUUUUAUUCCUAAUGACAACCAAAUUGGUGGGGAGACAGCCAAAAUGCUAGGUACCAGUGUUUCUCAAACAGAUGUCACACCAUUAUUUUUUAGCUCGUUUAGAUGAAUAAACAUGUUAAACUGUGAAGUAUUACAUUUUAGAUUUUUUCAUUAAAAAUGGGACAAUCUGUUUACUGUCCCUAAUUGAGACAACAAUCUUGGUGGUUGCCAGUUUUGGCAGUUGUAACGGUGAACUAUAAAUAUUGGGACCAAUCAAAUAACUGAUGAUUGUGAAGGAUAGUUCGUGUCAAAGGUUCCCUUUGCAUGGAUAGUGAUUCAGUGAUAUAUUUUAUAAUUUAUGGAAAUAUAAUUGUUAUACUGGUUUUGCAUGUAAAGCUUAAAAUAAACAACAAAAAACAUUCAAACAA